UUUUAGUCUCUUUUCCAACGUUCGCGCAUCAACUUCUUAAAAAAAAGAGGAUCUCGCUUCCCGCGCUGUGCAGCGGCCAAAUAAAUUUAGUUAUUGUCUAAAUAACCACUCCGUACAGUACACAAUAAUGAUUCAUGAAUAAUUAUAAUUCUAAAGGCUUUUCAAUGCGACAUUCAUUGCGAUUCUCCAUAAAAGCCACAAACGCCGCUGCCCACAGCCAAGUGUCUGACUGAGAUGCAAAUUUGUAGUACGAAUAUGUUUCGGAUUCUGUUGCGACGACGCCAAAUUGUAUUCGCGGCCCAGACGCCGCCGCUCGAUCCUUAGAUCUCUUUCUGGACACAAGUCCACAAAACAUAUUUUCCACUUACCCGUCAAGCAGCAGCUUCACACACAGACUUUCGAAACGCCUUGGGGCGUCUUCCAAUGAUGCAAAUCCCGUUUACUCAAAUAAUCCAAGUAAUUUUCGUGCUCUCAACAAUUGUCGCCGUCACAGAUUGUUGUUCGAGCCGAAUUCUACUACUUCGCGAACACACGCUGAAAAUUGUGCAGCAUCAGCACAAUUUGCACAAUCACAUGCACGAGCAUGCCCACGAGCUGCAGCAGCAGAUAGAGGAGCAUGUGGUCCAGCUGGUCAACCAGAUGGAACUGCAGCAACGUCAACAGGAGGAGGAGCAGCAGCAGCAGUUGCAGGCCACAGUCCGGGAAGUUCCACCGGAACCGAAUGAAGACGGAGAACUCCUGCCUAACGCGGUCGAGGAUGCAUCCGUCGAUCCUAUGCUAGAAGAACAGCUACUGGGAGAGCCGCCUGCCAGCAGUACACAAUCCGGGCGAACUGGCGCGAGCACAACCACAACCGAUGCUAUCACCGACACGACGACACUCACUACUGUCACUCACACUGGCGAGUCAACACCCGAUGACGACAGGUCGCUCAGUACUACCGUGACCUCGCUCUCGACUACCAUCACACCACCGUACAAGGUCAAGGAUACUACAGAGAUCACCAUGCUGCCCUGCAGCGAUUCUUUCAAGACGAACUUCUGCCUGAAUGGCGGCAACUGCUUCCGUUAUCCGCUCGGCAACAACAGCCUUUACUGGUGCCGUUGCGCCGACGGCUAUGACGGACUGCGAUGCGAGUUCAAGAACUGGAACGGGGACUAUGUGAAGGCACCGCCGGCACUGGAGGCACACCCGAAGAUACGGAUGGCUCGUAUUGUCUUCUCCUUUCCCAUGCUCAUCCUCCUAUCGACCAUCUACGUUCUGUUUGCGGCCGUAUUCAUGCUCCGGCAUGCGCCCGAGUACCGCCGGAAGCAGCAACAACUAAACUUGUACAAGCAACGGUUUUUUGUCAGAUGUUGAGCCAGUCCCCCAGUGGGGCUGCCAACUAAUUGCUGCGUUUUUGUAUUAUUAAUUUUGCCAGUUGGGCAACUCUGCAGUUUGUGUAUGCAGUUAUUUUUUUGUUGAUUUGGAAACGACUUUGGUUUCACAAUAUUCGAAUUUUUUGUAGAUGGUAGGACUCUGACCAUAUCUUUACGUUGCGCAACGCAAAGUUAAGGCUUUAAUUUAUUGAAUACAUUAAGUAGGAUUUGAUUUUCUAUUUAGUUGCAAAAGACGCACACAUUAGUAAUUCUCAUAUUCUCAUUUGUUUCGCUUUUUAAGCUUUCGUUGGAGCUUUUGUAGAUUUGUUUUUGUGGUAACAUUUUGUUACGUUACGCUACGUUAAAUUAAACCAUAACGAAAUAUUUAGAAUGUACUUAGAACAUAAUCUUAGCGCCUACUCUACUCCUCCAGUUACCGCGCAACUAUUUCCGUAACACUGUGUUACAUCCAAUCGGUUUGUAUGGAGAAUUGUAUUUUUUUUCUUGUUUAGUAGUGCAUUAAAGAGAAAUGGGACUCAUAAA